AUUAAAGUAUGAUCAGUAGUAGAUCAUAAUAGAAACGUACCUAGUAUAUGGUCAACUGCUACAGCUUUUAGAUCAGAUCGGGCACCAAGUUCCAGGAACUUUGUAAGUUCUUUCAAGGAUUCACACAUUUUUAUAUGAAAAUUUUAAAGCAUGAGAACAUAAAACAAGAUUGAGAGAAAACAAACCUGCAGGUUAUUUUUUAUUCAUCGAUAAAUAAACAGGGAAUAUAACAUAAACAAAUGGCAAAAAUGAAGACUGGAGAACUGGAAAAACGGUCUGGAAAACCUUGGAAAAAUGCAAUAAAAUAAAAGGUUAGAAAUUACAUAACCUCACUCUGUCACUGUCACUCUACAAAAACAAACAGCGGAAGUGCAAAGAGAAGAAUAAACAAUUUGGUAGAUUUUGCAAAUCUGUGGCUCAAUGCUAAUGCACCAUGAAUUUUAUAAUUGUGGAUAAUUGCAGAUUAUGCCAAAUCAACAUUGGAACGAUUCCAUUUGAAAAUGAUAACAUUCUACAAGAACAAAUUUGUUCAUUUUUCAAUAUUCAGGUGAAUGAUCUCUCAGAUUGCUUACCAAAAAAUAUUUGUUCCACAUGCCGGGACAAAUUAGAUGAAAUACAAAGCUUUGUGAAAGAUGUCCAAAGGGUAAAUGAAAACUUAAUUGCCCUAGCCUUGGACCAAAAGAAAUUUGACAUAAAAGAAGAAUCAGAGGAUGCAUUUCCUAGUAUGCUUGAUCACCCAUGUAGUGAUAAUGAAAAUAGUUAUGAAUUAAAGUGCUCGAAGUGCCCUGCUACUUUUGAAGAUGCUACAGAUUUAAAAAACCAUCAAAUAUCACAUGAUCAACCGCAGGGUUCUCAAGAAGAUUUCCGUUGUCCUGUUUGCUCAAAAUUUUACAAAAGAAUUCGUAGAUUGGAGACUCAUAAAAGAGGUCAUCCGGAAAUAUAUUGCGCUAGCUGUGAUAUAGUUUUUGAUAGUACUAAUGAGAGAAUAGGACACCUGUGUAUAUUAGAAAAAUCUGAGCAAAACAUGUUAAAUGAACCUUCGCAUUGUGACAUUUGUACACAACAAUUCAGUGAUAGGCAAAGCUAUGUAGCUCAUCUGAAAAAUCAUGGAAAAUAUAUGUGCCCUAGAGAUGGAUGCUGCAAAAUUCUUAGCUCUCUUAAAACACUGAAUAAGCAUUCUUCAGUACAUGAUGACAAAAAACAUUUUUUGUGUGGAACAUGUGGUAAAGGUUUUACUACAAAAAAGUCUUUAUCUUGCCAUGAAAAGCUGCACUUAGCUGUAAAACAAUACAGAUGCAAGGAGUGUAAUUUAAGUUUUUCUUUUCGAAGCAAUUACAGAACUCACCUUAGGUUUUACCAUGAAGGUUUUAGAUUUGCAUGUACAAAAUGUGACAAAACCUUUAUGACUAACAUAAGCCUGGAGCGUCAUGAGAGAAUGCAUACAGGCAAGAAAGAUUUUAAAUGUGAACAGUGUGCAGCGGAAUUUUUCAGCAAAAAAGAGCUAAAGAAGCAUUUUCGUUGUCAUGUAGUAAGUACUCCAGCCUCUAUUUGAAUUUAAAUCGCUGCUGGCAGGUUCUUUGUUAUUGACAUGUGUCAAAGGCACGCCAUUUGUCAUCCGUUUAAGUUUGAGGUUAUUCAACUGUCAUUCGUGUUUGGAGUUUAGCAAGUAUAACGAGCUUGACUUUUUUUGUAUACACUGUGGGAAUGGCCGAUGAAAACGAGCCAGAGCGAACUGAAAGCGAACCCCAAAAGCAAGAGAAGAUGUUUUCGCUGAAAAAAUGGAACGCUAGUCGCAAUGUGGAGUUGGGAUGUUGAAUGCGAUACUUGCGCUAUUUGCAGGGUUCAAGUGAUGGACGCCUGUCUCAGGUGUCAAGCUGAGAGCAAAAAAGACUCGUAUGGCAAGCAGGAUUGCGUAGUGGUCUGGGGGGAGUGCAACCACUCGUUUCACUAUUGUUGCAUGUCUCUGUGGGUAAAGCAGAACAAUCGAUGCCCUUUAUGUCAACAAGAGUGGUCCAUACAAAGAAUGGGGAAGUAAAAGGGUGAAAAGAAACAUAGGUGCGAGACAUGCUUUCAAUCGUUCCAUGAUAGAUUCUAUCUCAAAAUUCAUCAGAGAAAGCAUACUGGAGAAAGGCCAUACAUCUGUGAUAUCAACUCUUGUGGGAAGUCAUUUAUGGACAAUUCCAAGUUGAGUAGGCAUAAAAAAACAAUGCAUUGAAGAGCCUCACUAAUUCAAAAUUAUUGAAACUAUACCAUUUUUGUGAAAAUAAUAGCAUUUUGAAUUAUUGGUUAUAUAAAUAUAUUUUACACUUGCUCAUCUGUAUCAAAUAGGGCCAAUGCCACAAAAGAUUACAAUUGUGGUACUGUUUGUGUGUGGUAUCAUUAUGUAUUAUGUAUUGAACUAUUUAAAGAAACUAUAUUUUUAUGAAUAAAUUAAAAUUAUUAUCCAUAUAUACAUAUUUGUAUCCAAUAUUCUAGAUAUGUUUUGUGGAAAGUAGAAUCUGGAAGCAAACUUUCUUUGUCUUUACUGUAUAUAUUUUGAAAAUUGUUUUAUAGAUGGCACUGUAUAUUUAUACAAGUGGAUACAAUGCCAUCUAUGAGACACUAACCUCAUUUUAUCUCAGAUAACUUUUUGACGCGAGAAUAUAGCAUCAAGUUGGAUAUCUUCAGGUGAAAUACCAUAAUCAAUACUAAUAUAAAGAUACGAAAAAAAUUC